CGAUCAUAUUUUGCAGCUCACAACAUCAUACAUUCGGCCGAUGGCGAAUGUGCCAAGAUCAAAUAGGUGAUUUUAUUGGACACUUAUCCAUAUUACGAUCAGCAAAGUCAAAUAAUAAAUCAACAAGAUGAGAUCAUAAAUCCUUAUUGUGUUAUCGCUCUUCUUCGAGCUCCUUCUUUUCGAAUCUACUCAACGAGAAUGGAGACGAGGAGUUUUCGGAUCCUGUAGUCGCCGCCUCAAAUCACGAGCUGAAGGAGAGGUUCUUCAAGCAACCAAAGAAAUCUGAAUAUGAUUCAUGCCCCCAAUGAAAUCGAAUUCAUGGACAUAGAUUUGUGUCAUUGUAUCCACCUGGCUUAUCAUAACGAGGCUAUUGUCCUAUAUGAUAGAACCACACUUCAUGGACACACAAAGGAAGCUAAAGAACUAUGGAAGCAUGCAGCAAAUAAUUAUGAAAUAGCCGCUCUUAACUACGGGGGACUUGCAUUACUGUAUGGAUUUGCAAAAGUGUGGAGAAGAAGCUGCUUGAUGAAUGAUUACCUUCUUAAGGGGAAAACAUAA